UGCGCAUGGAUUUUCACAUUUUCUGCCAACUGCAGUAUUUUUUGGAGCCAGAAGACAACCUGCCCCCGUUCCAUUCAUUGAAGAUUCCUGCAAACUUUGGAUCAUUUUAACGAGGCGGCACCGCCCAUUGUUGUCAUUUCCAAGAGAGCUGCUCCAAUGGUGGCCAUGCACUCCCGCCCCAUUGAAUUUGAACCCCAACAGGCCAACGGCCACCCUUCGGUUCUCGCGCCCCCAAUCGCCAACGCAUGCGCCCCGUCGCAAUGCCGCCGCUCUGCCUUCACAUUCCACACUCAAACCCCUACUUAACCAACCUUCGUCUACCCACGCUCAGAAUUCCUACCCACAGCAGCCAGAAACCUCUCAUCCAUCCAGCCAUGGCGGACUGGUCCUCGCUCCCGCCCAAGCUCGUCCGGCGCAUCGCCGACCGCCUCCUGGACACCAACGACCUCGACCUCUACAUGGGCCUCCGCGCCGUCUGCCCGAGCUGGCGCUCCGCCACCGACGACCCCAAGGACUCCUCCGAGCCCCGCUUCCGGCCGUGCCGGUGGAUCGUCGUCGACGAGCACUUCCACUUGGGUAGCGACUCACGCCUCCUGGUGAACACCGUCAGCGGCCGUGUCGUCCGCCUGGACCUGCCUCUGCUCCGCCGGUACUGCCUCGUCGCCACCACCCACGGCGGCUUCUUCGUCCUCGCCGACAAGAAGCCCCCUCACCGUGCGGUCGUCCUCAACCCCUUCACCGGCCACAUGAUCCGCUUCAAGGCGCCCGUGCCCUCCCGCAGGGAUCCUGCUGCCGCUGCUCUCACCGGCAUUUUCGGGCCGUCGCUCUCUUCUGCGGACCUCGGUUCUCCACCCACCCUCAUCUUGGUCUGUGAUGGUGGUACUUGCGAACGAUACAUGGCUGUUCCUGACAGCGACGAUUUCAGCCCAGAUUUGGAUGAAGAAGUUGCGAGCUCAUGCCAGAUUGUGAUGCCGCUGGCCAUCGCCGGCGGUAUCUAUGCCGCAGACGGUUGGCAUAGAAGGGCGGCACCGCUUCCGGUUGCUUUGGCUGAUAAGAUGUCCCGCUUGAUGAAGCUGUUCGACGUUGAUACUUACAAGAUGUACGAAGAAAAACCUUCGAUGGGUAUGGGGUUUGCCGAUCUUUCCUGGACAAGUAAUGCCAACCGCAUUUUCCUGGUCGAAUCUGCCGGAGAGAUUCUGGCGAUUGUCAACGUGCAGCCACACCUGAAAGUUUUCACGCUGGACACCGACAGCGAUGAGCUCGAGCCGGUGGAGGGCAUCGGUGGCCGUGCCAUCUUCAUCGGUUACCGCAGGAGCCUGUCUGUCAGUGCGGACAAGUUCCCCUCUGUCAUCGCCAACUGCAUCUACUACGUCAAGCCUACAGAUUCGUCACAUGACAUUUACCAGUAUGACCUGAAGAGAGAGAGAGAAGAGUGCGUCUGUGAAGCCAUAGGCAGCAUGCAUUCCUUCUUAAACCCAAACCCCAUCAGGCUACCCGUUGCUAAACCUCCUUUCACCAUCCUUCAGCUCUUCUCGAGCUACACCAUAAACACCCGGCAAUCUCAGCUUUGGCUGGAAUUAUUAGUACAUGACCUUCUUCCUCAUGUUUAUCCGUGCGGCAGCUCUUAUUCUGAUAAAUAUGACUGAAGUAUUGAUUGAGCCAGUGAAUGUCAGUGAUGUGCUCAGCUGAGUGAUGAUGGAUCUCUUGUUGCCAGGAAGAAAUUGCAUCUGUGUUUGAGUCCGUCUCCUUUUGUUUGCUUUGUGGAAACUAGCUAGUGCUGUGGUGUUAAGUUCAUCUUGUUAAGUUCAUCUUGUUAUGUUCCUUCAUCUUCUUUUGGACUAGGUUUGUUCUU